AUGGCUCCUCCCGCAAAUGGCUCCUCUAUCUCCGGACACGACUUGGCUGCUACAUAUGCAGAUAGAAUCAGGGGCAAGAUUGUUCUUGUGACUGGGACUUCUCAAGGAAGCCUUGGAGAGGAAUAUUGCCUGGCUAUUGCCAAGUUUGAGCCUAAGCUCCUGAUUCUCGCAGGUCGCAGUGUCGAUAAGCUCAAAUACAUGGCAGAGGCAAUAGGAAAGAUUGACUCCAAGGUAGCCAUCAAGCCGCUUGAACUUGAUCUUGACUCUCUAUCUGCAGUUAAAAAGGCCGCUGAAACGGUGAAUUCUUGGGCUGAUGUGCCAUAUAUCGACGUGUUCUGCCACAACGCCGCAAUCAUGGGGACUACCCAUGCGAUAACAGCAGACGGGUUUGAGCGACAGCUAGGUGUUAAUUAUAUGGCUACUUGGGUUUUUACAAACACCAUUUUACCAAAGAUUCUUAAGUCACAGGACCCGAGGGUUGUGCUUCUAGGUAGCGAUGGUCAUCGCUGGGGUCCGAUUCGCUGGCAUGAUCACAACUUCAAGGGUGGUGAAACUUAUAACAGAUGGCAUGCAUACGGCCAGUCAAAAACAGCAGUUCAUCUUUAUGCUCUCUAUCUUGGUAAAUUACUAGGGCAGAGGGCACAAGUAUUUGGCCUCGACCCUGGUGUAAUUAUCACACCAUUAGGGGGACAUGUUGACUGGGCUGGAGAAUUUGGAGACAUAAACAGAAUUGACUUUGAGUUGGGUAAUGAUGAAGCUGUAAAUGGCUGGCCAAAGUAUCGAAGUAAAGAAGCAGGUAUCGCAACGAGUAUUUACGCAUCCUUCGAUCCAGACCUUUCAGAACAUACUGGAGCCUACCUCGCGGAUUGUCAGGUCGCAAACCCUUAUGUGCAUACUGUCAGACCAUGGGCAUCCAGUGAAGUCGAAGCGAAUAAGCUAUGGAAGUGGACUGAAGAGCUGACCAACAUGAAAUUUUCAUUUUAA